UCAUUGGACAUGUGCACACGCUGCACGCUCCUCUGUUUAUACUCGGUUUUAUUCCGCACGGAGAGCGUCCUUUAAUUAUCCCAAAACAUGUCAGAGAUGAUUUAAACCUAAAUAUCGUCGACAAUUGUAAAUAACGUGAAAUUUAGGCUACUUUAUUUGUUUUCCUGUAAGAUGCCUUUGUUCCAGCUGUAUGAGACGCAGAUGCAGUUAUUUACACGCCGGUAGACAUUAUAUUGUUUUCAGACGCUGCCACCGAAAUGAGUCAAAAGGGAGUCUUAUCCAUAUGAACCUCUUUUGGAUAAACAGGAUGGUUGUAAUGGGACGCAGGGGACUGCUGCAGUUGUCUGACCUUUGCAAGCUGUAUAAUGAGGAGUCUGUCCACACCCUAUCCUCUGUGUUUGAGCACGAAUGGGAAAAACAACAGAAUUACACUGAGAGGUUGGACUUAGAAGAGGAUUCUGGAAGAGAGUCACUGAUGGUCUCCAGAAAACCCAAUACUGGUUACUCUCUCCUUUAUGCAGUAUGGGUGACAUUCCGUCCAGCUUUAGUCAAAGUUGCGCUUCUGAGACUGUCAACUGAUAUUUUUAGCAUUUUAGUUCCUUUGACUCUCAGGUGGGUUAUCCUGUUCUGUGAGAGGCAGGCUGUGUUUGACUGGGCUGGAUACACAUAUUCUCUGGUGGUGAUGGGAGCAGUUUGUUGCUGUGCUGUUUCUCAGCAUCACUUUGAGAAACAUAGUAGGAUAAUUGCAGCCAAUGCACAAGCGGUUCUAGCUGGCUUCCUCUACAGGAAGACAUUGUCUUUUUCCCAUAGUUCUGAGCAGCAAUCCAACACCACUCAGGGGACAGAUUUGUUAAGGGAGGUUGAAAAUGUUACAGAGCUAGUGGUCACAUUAGCUUGUCUUUGGUCCACUCCCCUGAGAGUCGCUCUCUGUCUGGGCUUACUGUGGGGAGAACUGGGCCCAGGUGUUCUAGUGGGGGUGGCAUUACUACUGGUCCUCAUCCCUGUCAACUCUGCAGUAGAGCGCAAAGCCAAACAGCUUCAGAGAGCUCAGCUGAUCAUCAUGGAAAGGAGUGAACAACUCAUCAAGGAAAUGUUGCAUAAAUUCCAGGCACUGAAGUUUCUCACAUGGGAGUCUUGGUUCCAUCAAAGAGUUUCAGAGUCACGGGCUAGGGAGCUGGAGAUACUGAGAAUUCUGGGAUAUCUGACCGCAUUCUCUAUGCUCAACUCCAUCUGUAUGCCUUUCCUGGUUGGUUUCUCUAGUAUUGGUGUGUUUGUGCUGGUGGAUGAUGGGAAUGUUCUCACACCAUCUCAGAUCUUUACAUCCCUCUGUUUCUUCAGAUUGCUCCGCCCACCUCUGCUGGAGCUCCUUGGGCUCUUCUCUGCGCUCAAGCAGGCACAGCAGUCUCUUUGCCAUCUGGAGAAGAUCUUUCUUAGAAAAGACUUGGACACCACUCAAUCAGUUACUUCAAAAGAAGAGCUUCUAUCUGAUGGCUUCCAACAGCCAUGUGACAGGUGUAAAGAUAAGCACAGUCAUUCUGAUGAGAAAAGUGAUCACUGUCUAUCCCAAAAAGGCAGUGGAAAGUCCUGCACGCUGUAUUUGAGGGCUUUCGGCUGGCACUGGCUGGCAGUUUCUUCGCUUGUCUACCUGUCUGUGUGUGCUGUUAGUUUAGCACAAGAUGGGAUCCUGAGUGUGUGGACGGGUGAAGCCAAAGAAGUUCAAGGCCUGGAAGGGUGGAGAGAGCUCAGAAACUCACGACUGUCUGCGUACGCAUUGCUCGGACUCCUGCAAGCUUUCCUUGUGUGCUGUGCUGCCUACUGUCUGACCUGCGCCUCUCUCAGGGCUUCUUAUACACUGCACUCAAAGCUUCUGUCAGAUGUUCUUCACAUGCCUAUGCAUUCCCAGACUGACAUGAGACGGCUACUGCAAGCAUUCACUCAGGAUAUGCAGGUGAUUGAUGAAGAGCUGCCCAAACAUUUGCAAAGCUGCUUGAAGAGUCUUUUGGACAUAUUGAGCACCAUCACUCUGAUCAGCUUCAUCAUGCCGGUUUUCAGCCUAGCUGUCUUCCCACUGCUAAUCCUCUUCCUCCGUAUUCAGUCACGCUUUGCUUCAGCCCAGAGUCAUAUCAGACACAUGGAGACAAACCCAGUUGCUUCUAUGGAGUGUGUGACACAGUGUGUUGAAGCUCCACUUUCUGGGCCAAAACAUAGGGAGGUGUGUCUGACACACUGCCUCCAAGCCUUAAAUCAAAACCUGCUGGUCAAGUACAACAAAAUCAACACAGAAAGUCGGGCUGCGUUGCGGUUAGAUGGUAUUGCUGGGAUUUUGCUGUUCCUGGUCAGUCUGAUUCUGCUGGAGACUGAAACGGACUCGGGGCUUGUGGUUCUGGCAUUGAUCUGUGCCUUCAAUAUUAAAAAAGCGGUUCACCAAUACCCUCAGGCUGCCUCUGAUAUCAACAUGGACAUGCUGAGCAUGCAAAACCUUUGUGAAUUUGCCAAAGUGGAGAAGGAGGCAGCAUGGGAAAAAUCCUACAGACCACCCAGUGACUGGCCCCAGCAUGGAGAGGUGAAGUUCAGGAACUACGAGUCUGAAGCCUCCUCUAAUGAAUCACCAGCUCUUAGAGGAAUCAAUCUCACCAUUCUAAAAGGGGAAAAGAUUGGGGUUGUGAGCAGGGGGAAGAGCGACACCGAUGCUUUGGUUAGCAGUCUGUUCCGGUCAGUGGAGGCCAGGAGAGGCGCUGUGCUGAUUGAUGAUAUAAACAUCGCCCGCAUGGGUCUAUUUGACCUUCGUAGCCAUCUGCAAAUCAUUUCUCAGGUUCCAGUACUGUUCUCUGGUACCCUGAGGGCUAACCUGGACCCGUUUGCUCAGCAUACUGACGCACAGGUGUGGUUGGCUCUGGAGCUCUGCCAUCUGAAGGAGCGUGUUCGACUAAUGCCUGCUCAGCUGCUGCACCCUGUACAGAGGACCUCCCUUGCUUUCAGCUUUGGCCAGAGGAGGCUGCUCUGUUCGGCCAGAGCCUUGCUUGCAAGGGUCAGAAUCCUGCUUGUGGAAGAGGCCCUUCCUUGUGUGGACCUAGAAACAGAGGACCUGGUCCAGCAGUUGAUCCACACUGAGUUUAAACACUGCACUGUACUGUGGCUCACUCAGAAUCCGCUCACUGUCAUGCACACUGACAGGGUGCUGGUUUUGAAUAAGGGACAAGCUGUGAACUUUGACGCCCCUUCCACUCUCCUCCAGCAGGGGCCGCUGUUCAGUCAGUGAGACGGGACCUUGCUCUUUCAUCCAACUAUUAUUCUGUUAUUAUGUACUUAUUUCUUAUUGACUAAAUAUUUAAGAUAUUCAUUUUACAUCAUGCAUUAGGUUAUCUGAAGCACAGUUUAUUCACACGUUAAUUAAUGAAGGUUUUGGACAUAUUAAACUGAAUAAAUGAUUACAUUAAAAAAAGUAACAAGUGAUACACAAACAGAUUUUGAAAUAUUCAAGCAGAUUGUGGGUGUUUUUUUGUAUUUGUAUUUUCCAUUUAAUAUUUUACAAUAUUAAUAAUCUAUUUAAUUUGAUAAUUUAAUUGUAAUACAGUAAAAUGUUUAUUAAUUUAUUACAAUAAUGUUUUUGCCACCUAGUUAAAAUAAUAAUAAUAAAAAGUUUAAUGUCUUGCUUAAGCACACAAACUUGCCAGUUUAUAAUGUUUACAAACAUGAGUUUCAAGAUACCUUAUAUAUCUGUGCUGUUUAUAAAGGGCUAUCACUUAUCUUUCAGCUGAUGGCAGAUCAAGUUUGAUAUUUUUGACACCUUUGAUACUCUUUUGCUAGUGUUUUACAAGAAGUAGAAUAUGUCACACCUGCAGUAUGAUAAAUGAUAUGUAAGCAAGCAGCAGGUCUUCCCUUCUAAGGGCUGUUUGUGGUUAUGCACAGCGGCCGUUUGAGCUGUUUGUUGACACAUUCUCAUCUUCUCCAUUUCCUUUGCUGUUGUUGUCAGUUAAUUGCACAUUAGGUUGCACGAAGGAGCCGUUUUUUACACAACAGUUUUCCACAUUGUAACUCUCUCCGCAUCUUUCCUCAAGAUUUCCGGA